AGUCCGCACAGAGCGCCGCGACUCAGAGUCCCCAACUCCCGAGGAUGGGGGUGAUGGCGCCCCGAAGCCUCCUGCUGCUGCUCUCGGGGGCCCUGGUCCUGACCGAGACCCGCGCGGGCUCCCACUCCCUGCGCUACUUCGAGAUCGGGGUGUCCCGGCCCGGCCGCGGGGAGCCGCGCUUCAUCGGCGUGGGCUACGUGGACGGCACGGAGUUCGUGCGCUUCGACAGCGACGCCGCGGAUCCGAGGGCCAAGCCGCGGGUGCCGUGGAUGGAGCGGGAGGGUCAGGCGUAUUGGGAAGAGCAGACACAGAUAGACAAGGACAUUGCACAGGUUUACCAAGUGAGCCUGAGGAACCUGCGCGGCUACUACAACCACAGCGAGGACGGUUCUCACACCUUCCAGAGCAUGUAUGGCUGCGAAGUGGGGUCGGACUGGCGCCUCCUCCGCGGGUACGAGCAGUCCGCCUACGACGGCGCGGAUUACAUCUCUCUCAGCGAGGACCUGAGCUCCUGGGUGGCGUCGGACACUGCGGCUCAGAUCACACAGCGCAAGUGGGUGGAGGCCCGUGAGGCAGAGCGGCUCAGGGCCUACCUGGAGGGGGAGUGCGUGGAGUGGCUGAAGAGAUACCUGGAUAUCGGGAAGGAGACGCUGCAGCGCGCAGGUCCUUGGAGGUCUGACUCCAUAAUCUCCACCCGCUCGGCACAGAGGUCCUUUCCCUCCCCAGAGACCUGGAGCCUCCUCCCCUGGGCCGACUCACCCCGAGUCUAGAACUGUGGGAGGAAUAGAUUAUCCCAGGUGCCUGUGUCUGGCCUGGUCUCUGGGGUUUGCAGUCUCCCCAACUCCACUUGUCCUGUCUGUUCUCAGGAUGGUCAUGUGAGCGCUGCUGCAGUGGCCCAGGAAGAAUGCAAAGUGCCUGAAUGUUCCCUCUGUUC